UAAUUCAUUUAUUCUAAACAAACUUCGUGGAGAAUGUCAGAGUGUGCACGCAGAGCCCGCAGAGCAGAGUAGCUCGUUAGGUUUUGUUCUAAAAUGACAGUAACUGACUGUGUCUUCUUCAAGAGCGGUUUUGUUGGUUUGUGUUGAAUCGCGACCGAUUUAAUAUACAGAGUAGACUGACGUUUUGGCUAACGUUAGCUAGCUACUCUAGCCCUGCAGUUACACUACUGUCAAAAUACAAGAUCUGGACUUCUGCAGAUUAACAGUCUACCCAGUAUUGAUGCAAAAAAGUACGAGGUAGUAGUAAUGUAAUGUUUGUUAUAUAACAUAAUCAUGGAGGGCUUAGACAAGUAAGCUAGCUAGCUGAUUGCUGUCAAGGUAGCUAGCUAUGCUGGCUAGGUCUUUGUUGGCUUUGACACCCUGGAGACUGCAUCAGUCUUUGGAGAGGACACUUUACCCCAGAUUAGUCCCUGGUUCAGCACUACGGCUGGAGAGAUGUCCGGCCUCUGGGCUCAGGUGCUGUCUACCAAAUGUGCAUUCCUCAUCACACAAACUUUACACACUCUGCGAGAACAAUCACAGAGUCAGAUUUAGUGAAGCCUGGUCUCAUGGAUUUCCAAAAGGAAACCUGCACAGACUUGUUUUUGACCCAAAACAUGAUAUGAUCCUCAAACCAUGGAAUAUACACAGAACGUUUCAGUCCACCACUGGAAGCACUAAAACUGUGCUGAAGCAAGCGGGCAUGCCUGGCAAAAAGACAUUAAAGGGACCAAGGACGAAACAGCCAUCCAGAGCUAAUCUGCCAUCCCCAGAAAAGGAUAUGAUGCAAUGUGUUGCUUAUGCGACUGCUGAACAGUACCACCUACCUACUCUCUGCCAUGACCUAGUAGCCAAUGGAUUUGUUGAAAUAAAAGACUUGCCCAGAGAUGCAUCUAAUGUUCUGGUGAUUGGAACGGAAAUGACAUUAAAACCAGAUGACAGUGCAAUGAUGUUUUUCUUCAGGGAAGGCUCUGUGGUUUUCUGGAAUGUUGAUGAGAAAACUAUAAAGAACGUGAUGCGGAUUUUGGAGCAACAUGAGAUUCAGCCGUAUGAGGUAGCUUUGGUGCACUGGGAAAAUGAAGAGAUCAAUUAUUCGAUAGAAGAAGGAAGCACAAAGCUUUAUCGGGGAAACUUCAUAUUUAAUAAUGACAUGGACUAUGAACAAGUUCUUCUGGAGAAAUUUGCAUUUUCUAAUGCUCUGUCUCUAUCAGUUAAGCUGGCGAUAUGGGAGAUCUCUCUGGAUAACUUUGUUGAAUCUAUUCAGCCAAUUCCAGAGACACUAAAGGCUGGGAAGUCAGUCAAACUGUCCAGGGCAGAAGUCUUGCAGAAGAUAGGAGAACUGUUUGCUCUGAGACACUGCAUAAACCUUAGUUCAGAUCUUCUCAUCACUCCGGAUUUCUACUGGGACAGAGAAGACCUGGAGCAACUGUAUGACAAGACAUGUCAAUUUCUCAGUAUCAACCGUAGGGUCAAGGUUGUGAAUGAGAAGCUGCAACAUUGCACUGAACUGACAGACCUGAUGAGGAAUCAUCUUAGUGAAAAGCAUAGUCUCCGCCUAGAGUGGAUGAUCGUAAUCUUGAUCACUAUUGAGGUGAUGUUUGAACUCGCCCGUGUGAUCUUCUGAGGAGACAGAAGUUUUAGAUAUGGGUUUGAUAAUCCACAGUGAGAUCAACCAACCACAUUUUAAAGCGUAUCAGUGCUCUUCCAGCUUGAAGGCUUCUUUUUAAACCUCCUGUCAGUACUGUAGAUGUUUGUCAGAUGCUUGCUGUGGUGCUGUACUGUUUCAUGCUGUAAGUUUCAUUAAAUAAAUAAACUUCAAUGCA